CCGCUAACCUCGUUGCUGGCCCGUGCACUGCCCAUUUUCGCGAUCCCGGCAUGACACCUCUCGCAGCUCUCGUAACCAUCGCCCAACCCUCCGCACCACCCGCACCCCAACUCGAGGACCCCCAAUCGCCCCGGAGCCACCACAAUGGGUAUCACCGACUUCUUCUCCGACGUCUGGGAGACCUUCUCCCACCCGUCCGCCGACGCCGAGGGUCAACCGCCCGUCCAAGGUGGCACCAGCACCCAGACGCCCGCCUCCGGCACCGACGAGGAGAGCGCCGACGAGGCCGAGGCCAACAAGCAGGAUGCGAAGAAGGGCGGCGACUCGGGCGAGCAGGGACACAAGCCGAGCGGCGAUGACGAGGAUGAGCCUGAGGAGGAGGAAGAGGAGGAAGAGGAGCCCGACCCAAAAGAGAAGCUUGAGCAGGAAUGCGCCGAGUCCAAGGAAUGCCACGGCCCCAAGCACCACUACGACGAGUGCGCCCAACGGGUAACAGGCCAGAUCGAGAACGACGGCAAGGCCAGCGAGGACUGCGUUGAAGAAUUUUUCCACCUCGCCCACUGCGCGUCCCAAUGCGCCGCCCCCAAGCUCUUCGCCCAGCUCAAGUAAACACACCGACCCCCACCGAUCCUCGUCCUCCUACGAGCGAAAUACCCAUGUUGGUAUAUGUAGUAGGAAUGUAGCCGUUUCGGAAUGGAAUGAAUGCAAGCAUCAAGACAUAUCACAUGCGUGGAUGAAUGUACAUAUUAGAGUCGUGUUUAGAAUAUCACUGUACUUCUAUC